AUGGAAAUUUUGUCAAAUGGGACAACAGAAUAUGUCUUGAGUAAGUAGAACUUUUGUAUUUUGUGUUAAUUCAAAUGGGAACGGAAUUGAUGAGUAAAAACCAUACACGCAUGGUAUUGGUAACAUACGCUAUGUCAAAGUGUUUGUCGUAAAGGCGGUGCAUUGGAAGAAAAUCUCUUAAGGCUUUGCUUCUUUGACUGCUAAUAUUAACUUUUUUAUGUGUGUCAGUUAAAUGCUCAUUUACUUCAGAAAUCUGACACUUUUUAGUGAUAAAAAAUGAUAUUCAGCAUCAAAGCAUAAAAUGUAUCUCAGAGGGCCGAUUAUGCUGCCUGUCAGUAAAGCCAUCUUUUUAUUUUCCUUUCUCUUUUACGUUUCGAUGCUGAUAUAAGCACCUUGUACAUCCAGAACUAAAAUAGAGCAACUAUUUAUUUCCAAAGUGCAUUUUGUACAUGCCAAGCUGCCUAAAAUAUCGUAUACUUUCUCUUCUAUCAGACACUGAGAUGUGUACGCCCUGUACCUUAGGGGUAAAAUUUCUUUACCGAGGGUGUGCACUCACAGGUUUCGAUUCCACUUGAGACCAAGGAGUUCACUCUAACGUUAAGCUGAAAGAACAGGCGCAAAACAAAUCAAUUAAUGGUGAUUUUCAAACAAGCGUUUCUGUCCAAGUUUGAAAUAUAAAAGAUGCAAUAAAAACUGAUCGAAUAAAUACAGUUUUGUCUGCCAUUCUUUCGUGACGUCCUUAUAAAACGACUGGUGGAAUGACAGGUGGCAAUUACAGAAGUUACUUCUUUGAAGAAUAAUCGUGUCGAGUUGCCUUUUGCCUUCAAAGGAAAGGGGCUCGAAUUCUUCAAUCCUUUUUGAAAUGAAUGAAAUUAAACUACAAAACGACUGCACAACUGGACACAAACUUUGCUCCAGAUUUAAAAGUUUAUUUUAUCACGAAGUUAAUUGGCGAUGACCAAAUUUACCCUCACAAAGAGAUGUGAAAGUUUAUACAUUACGAGCGCUGGUUAGCUCUUUGCCAGAACGGAUUCUUUUAAGAAUCACUAGAGCUUUGUAGUACUUUUUUUCGCCGAAACGCAUACAGUCAGCUUAGUCCUAAAAAGAGGACACUCGUAAGGCGGGCAUCCAGACAUCUUAUGCUUAGAGGGUUUUUUAGCUUCUUUCUAAGGUGCGGUAGCAUUCAUAAUUCACUCGACGCGAGUUGCAUUUAAUUGUCUCUGACUGUACCGUUCACAAAGUAGGCAUGCAUCUUUCCAAGGACAGCCAGGUUAUGGCUAGAGGUUUUCAUGGUUUUCCGGUAAAUAUUUAAAUAUUUAAUUAAUAAGAAAGAAACAGGUUAAAGUUCUUGACAGCAAUAACUGAUUUCUUUCAGAUUUGGCAGACCAAACGCCUAGGGAAGCUGACGUUACGACUCAAGAAGAAUCUACAAACAUUACACCAUUUCUUCUUGCCUCCAUCGGCGCCCUGCUAAUGCUCAUGUUUGGUGGGGUGUUAUUUUCAAGCGGAGCGCCGCUGUGCAAAACAAAAACAUUUUCAGAUAGCAAGUAUAAAAGAAAGUUUGAACAGCAAUAUGGUCGUCGGAAAAUACGCUUUCACAACGUACCAGAAAAGAUUGCUCUAGAGCCGUGUCCAGUUUUACAACAAGAGAACAAUGACAUUGUCGAUGCUGUAAAGAAGGAGUAUCAAGAUCUACCGCAGUACCAACCAGUCAGCAGUGUAGUAAGCAACAUCGUAGGACUGCAUGGGCAAACUUGCGCAGUGAGCUUUCCUAAACCUGAGGUAAUAGAAAGAGGAGCUAGUCCGAUUCAUGUCACUGGGAACGAGGGCACCUUAGAUUGUGAACGGCCUUUCAGAAGAGAUAAAAGAACCUUUAUUAGGUUAGAACAUGAUGACAAACCAAAAUGCAAAAUACUCUCUGCUACGCUUCAUGAUAAAUCUUCUAUUAUGAAAGACAACAGGCAGAGAGUACCGUCGGCGUCUAGCGGAAUUGGUACAAAUUCUCAAGAAACUUUUGAAAUUGACAGUUUAGAAGACUUUCCUUUGAGUGAAAACGGUUUAAAACUCCUCGAUGAGACUGUAAUACUUGAUUCAAUUGAUGAGGAGUUUCCUUCUGACAGCACACCCAAGACGAUUAUACCAAAUAUCGACCAUGGGGUGUACAGUGGGGGGCGUUUAAGUGUUCUGCAGCUUGAGCGUGCGCCUAGUUGCCUGUGCGUGAAGGGCUGUAACUGCACAAUUCAUGGGACAUGUGCUGUUAAAUCAGAAGCGCUCCAGGGCAGCAAAGGAAUGACUGAUGAGCUACUCACUUGGGGUGAUAUUGCUCUUAGUAUAAACAGCACUACAGCACCAGGGAGUCAACGCUAUAGGGACCUGAGCGUAUGCGCGGACACUCUAAAACCUCAAACGCCACCAGCGGAUGUGUCUUGGAAAAUAACAACAGGAAAUGCCGCAGAGAGAAGUCCAUUACGGCGCGCAGAUUUGGAAAAAUGGUUGCAUGAUGUUGAGGAUUCUAGAAGAGAGGGCGAUCAAUCUUGUACUCAAACAUUAUUUGAGUCCCUUGAUGCAGAAACCGAAAUACAACGUAAAGAUUUUUCCUACCCAGAGACGACCAAACCAAUUUCUGGGCAGAGGAAGAUGAGUGCGCCAUUGCAAGAAAGUUUAAAACUUUUGAAAAGAUUGCAAGUUAUUUGUGAGGAGGAUUUGCAACUUGCGCAAACUGAAUCUUUAGUUCAUCGUGGUGGCCGAGAGAGUUGCUUAAAAACCGUGCGCGCACCAAGUUCUUUGUGCGUUUGCGGAGGGAGUUGCAAAGUGCGUUGCCAAGUUGAGGUAACUGCUGACCAGUCGUCAGCGCCAUCUAUUCUGUUUGGGGAUGAUACAAUCCAUGAGGAUACUUCCAAUAUUCUGAACACUGAACAGGAGUUGGCUUCAACAAGAACAGACCGGAUCGCCAAAGGUGGUACAGAGAAUAAUUUCAAAUGCAUUCGUGCAUCUAGUGAAAUGUGUAUUCAUGGUCCUUCCUGCCAAUUUCACUGUCAGAAAAUGAAGGAAGAGGCGGAAAAUACGAGAAAAAGAGAAAUGAUGGGGCGCAAACAUCAAGAACUCGGUUGUCACAACACAAAUUCAGAAACAGAUGAGUUUCGAGGGGCCAGCUCUUUUGGUAACGAACAAUAUUCAUACAAAUAUAAAAUAAUGCUACAACAAGGUAGUGAACCGAGUGCUUUUAGUGAUAACAGCUUUCUUAGGGAGGAAUGUAGAGUCAGCAAUAUUCGUGGAGCCAGCUCGUUUGGAGUGUCAGGCAUGACAAUUAUCGAACAUGAAUUCCCUGGUGAUGAAAAUGUAAGAGGCGCAAGUAGUUUUGCAUUAAAACCAGCGAACGACAGCGAAAUGAAGUUGGACGAGUUGAGGGGCGCGAGCUCCUUUGCGCCGCUGGAUGAAAGUAUCGCAGGUACAUCAAGCGUCACGUUGAGCCUCGCAGUUGAAUCUGAAGGAGAAAGUUUUGUUCCUGAUAAAUCCCUCAAUAAUAGCAAAGGAGACUCGACUUUUAAUUCACGAGCGUGCGUCGAUAAACUAGGGGAUACGACACGAGUUUCCAAAAAAGCGAAACAGGGCUUUCAAACUAAGUCAUCGAGGUCGACGGAAAGUUGUGAAGAGGAGUGCCUUCUUGAUCGUAAUAACAAUAAUCGUGUUAAAUACCUUUCCGAGAAGGAACCCAGAGGUGGAAAGACAGAACGCAGAGAAUUAGACGACAGGGGAGUAAUUACUCGAAAUAAAAAGAAAGACGAACAAAGGAAAACAUCACAUAAACCUACUUUAAAAGUUGGAAAAGACUUGACUAUGAUGAGCACAUUGUUACAUGCGCUUCAGAAAAGCGGAGAACGAAGGAAAAUAGAAACCUCCAAUCCCGAUCGCAGAGCUAGCCAUCGUGUAACAAAUUUCAACGCGGGUUCAGCUGGGAAUAUUAAAUUUGCAGUUUUCUACAAAGGGGCUAAUUCUUCCACGCCUUUGCUUUAUGUCAGCGUGCUGGGUCUCCAAGAAGUGCCAGAUACAAUAAUUACUGAUCAACACAGAGCUUACGUAAGGUUUUGCUUAUUCCCUAAGUUCACAACAUGGAGAAGAACUAAAACCCAUAAUGUAUCCGGAAAGGUACUGAUUAUAAAAGACCAUUUCAUAAUAUCUGAUGUAAAACCAUCUGAUCUGGAAAAAGCGAUUCUUCGAUUCGAAGUUGUGUGUGUUAAAAAAGAAGAGAGAGUUAUUGGUCAGGUGGAAAUCCCUCUUGCAGAGCUUACGUCACGUGACAAGCUAAAACGGACCGCCGCACUUCAGUCACCUAACGCCUAAAGUGACGGUAUUGUAGGGAGAUCACACCGUUCCCAUUAGAGCCCGUGCAGCCUCGAUCUCAUGAUUUUUUCGGAGGGAGGUCAUCAAACAUCCUUCUGAUAGUAGCCUGUGCCAGGAUCCUUGAUAGAAGAGAAAGAGCAUUGAGAAACGGGGAAGAGGAGCCUGCAAGCAUUGUUUUCAGCAUUGUUUUUGUAUGCCUCAAAAUUGGUCAACUUUGACCGUUUACGUUUACACCUUCGCGCCCGCGCAGAGUCAAACAAACAUAGAGAGCGAGUGAAACCCUACUACACCGCACGUUUUAACAGGGUCUCCCAUUCUCUCUACUUGCCAUUUUCACUGCUUGCCCGUUUAUUUCGCAGUCGUCUGCACUGACCAAGAGCCUGGUACAGUCUAUACUGAUAGUAAUCAAGUAAAGUUUAUAGUGAUCUUUAAGAUAGCCAAUGGAGAUUUAAGGACAGUGCAUCCCGUAGCAAAGGAUAUCUGCGCUGUCCUCUGCUAAGCAGGAAAAGCAGAUAUAUAGGCUUUUGAACUUAACAGGAAAAAGACUAAAACUAGCAGAGAUACUUAACAAUGAUUGAAAAUACCUCACAAGCAUUAAUAGUAAAUUGCCUUUCGGACCCUUAAUUUCCGCAUAUACACUUGAAGCAUGCGCUGUAACAAAAGGAUUAAUCAUCGAUGACGUCACCUAGCUUUAUGUCACACGCUCGAAAAUAUUGCAUCCUUUCAAAAAGACGGAUGAUACCCUGAAUACGAUAUUGCCUUACGUCAAGUUUGACUGGAGAUUAAACAGUGAAAAGCAUAACGUCUACUGAGUUUGACUACAUAAGAAUACUUGAACAACUAUACUAAGGGAUUCUUUCUCUAACUAUAACCUUUUCAAAUUUUGUAUGCACUUCAACAUCUCCGGCAGUAAAAUGACCUGCUGCAAUAGUCGCUGUAAAAUUACUGUAAAACAACUUAUUUAUUUUUUAAAUAAACUGUAUUUCGUCUGUUUAGCCCCCCACCGGGAAUGAUUUGUUUUAAUUGCUUCCAGACCUAAGGGUACCGUAUUUCCUCGAAUUAGCACCCACGCUCUAAUAAUUGCGUCCUCCCCCGAAUAAGCGCCCACCCGCUAGGCCAUGAUAUCAAAAAAGCGCCCCUCUCGAAUAAGCGCCGCCCUCCUCUCAACAUCACUUUCAUACCGUGGUAGGGAUACGAGAAGAUGCGACGAUCGGAUUAUCACCGACGAGGAUGAUAUCGGGCACAAUGACAUAAUCCGCAAUAUUUUAUAAACGUGCUUACUGAUGAUACAUUAGAAUGGAGCCAACUACGCGGCUUUUUUACGCUUGACCACCAACAACUGUUGAAAGACGUUUAGAUAUUGACUUAACGUUUACAUGAAUAAUGUUGUCCUUUUUGUUUUCCUAUUAAGAACUUAGCCAAAUAAUAUUAAAGUUCUUUCAGAAAGGAGAAACUAACUAAGCGCCCUCCAGUUCCAAUAAGCGCCCCUGCUUUUAGCUGAAGGACGUAAUAAGCGCCCAGAGUGGCACUUAUCAGAGGAAAUAUUGUAUUAGAGGUCGAGGGAGUCAUCACGAUUCCGAUUAGAGAUGGGAACCGGCUAAAUAAUUUUCUAAGUAAGUUUCAAUUUUUGGGUGAGAAAGGAAGGCUAAGCAGAGGCUUGGGGAUAAUGUAAUUUUGGUGCCUAGUACGUAGCAUUAAGAAGGAUUUUAUUAGAGGAUGGGGGCUAAAAAGAGGAAACAUUGUAAUCUUCCUGCGCUUCCUUAGUGAACCGUAUGCAAACGGACUGCAGACAAAGCAUGGCAAUCUUUAUUUCGGCGUUUGAAAAAAUAUAUCACAGGGAAUCAGGAAGAAAUGUGAUUUUAAGAAUCUGGCCUUGAAGGGAGUUUAACUUUAUCUAUACAUCAGUACAUCACAAGUUUUGAUGAAAGGUAACUUUUUUUCUAAAUGAUGAUUAAAGACGAUCAUGUCAGGUUUUUUUUGAAACUUUUCAUGAUAUCAAUGAUAUUGAUAAGUAAUUGUGUGACGUCAAGACAACCAAAUUGACCUAUCUUUAACAAUUAUUGACGUAAAUAGAACAAAACAGAUAUGUUUUUUAUAAAAAUGAUCCAGCCACCGUUUUAUCUUUAAAGUCCCUCCAAUACAAGUCCUAAAAUGUCCUGGAAAUUAAUAAGAUGGCUUGAAAAACAAUCAAAAACAGAAGUAAUGAAAAUGAAUGAUCUUCAUGAAUUGUUUGAGAGUUUUCACUUAUUGAAUAAGCAAUUUUUCACAGUGGAACCUCGAUAUAACGAAGCUCUUACGAAGCCCCCUAUAUAACGAACGAUGUUCUUUACCCCAGUAAUAAGUAAAAUAGUAAAAUAUAUUAAGAACCUCGUGAAAGCGAGUAAAAAUUUGCCAGAGUCUAGGCCUUUGGUUAUUUCUAGGUCCACUGUACUUUGUUUUUGCUUUUUAGAAAGCAAACUGGAGAGUGACAUUGGGGUCGUCAUAAAGCCUCUUGUUCACCCUUACUAAUAAUUCAACUUUUUAGCCAAACGAAUAUUAGCAUUACAACAGACUCUAUUUACAUUCUUGAAAAAGAAUGCCCUCAUUUAGCAAAAUGAAAUUAAACACAAAAGAACAAAACUAACAAGCGAGUGACAACAACUUAUAGAAGUUUAAUUUCUGUUUGUUCUUCAGGAAUCCUUUACGAAAUUUUGUGCAUCUGUUUGAUAUUUGAAAAAUUUCACCUGCUAAAUCACAUGGCCACUCGUCAUUCAUGAUCAACUCAUCAAGAGGAACUUUUUGUCAUCUUAAAGAAUACCCAAUCUACGUAAACAAUGGAUGACAUAACCGAUAAACCGCCUAUUAUCUGGUUCUAAACACCAACAGUAUAUUGAUAAAACGCAAAUUAAGCUUUGUGCGUUGGAGUUUGUUGAACAAAGUUUUACAUAUCAUAUAAGCUGGAAAAAUUAAUGUACUUCUGAAGGAUAAAUUUCGUCUAAAUCUUGUCUAUUUACUUAACUAUAUUGCAUCAACCCUUUUUUACCCGCAUUCCCUUGUCGCCUUGCCGGCUUACCCUAGCUAUUGUACUAUGAAUGGCAAUCAGUGACAUAACCAGAUAAUCUCUUAUAUUAUCUAUUUCACACUUUGAAAAGUCUUUUUAUCAAAAAGGCAUGGAACGUUGGCUGAUUGCUUUACAGUUGGGAGAGUCUCUAUUUCUCCUUUUCCUUAAUGUACGGAAAAAGACAAAUAGAUUACAAGGCAGGCAGAUAAAGCAUUUCUAUUAGAUGAAAGGUUAACCCCUGAAAGUGAGCGAUAGUCGAGUGUUGUUUACAGUGAUCAAAUGUUCGAGACCUUCAUUAAAAAUUUAUGUUUGGGAGAAUUAAGUAAUGACCAGCGGAGAGUCAAAUUGAAAAUAGAAAAAUAUAAUUUGGCACCGAUAAAUCAGUGUGUUGCUUUAAGAAAAAGGACUUAAGUAUUUGCCUUUGUUUUCAGCUGAGGGCUUCUUAUUCUCAGGUGACGUAAAGGGUUCCUGAGCGGGGUUUUAUUUAGAAUCACAACAACAUUGUGGUCACGCACGAGUGGAUAUAUGUCAGAUACAAUGAAAUCAUGAUUACUUUCAUUUAAAUUCAAAACUACUCGACCCCGCGAAACAUUGAGGUUGUUGAGUUGUCGACACGUUGCCGGUCAAGUUCCCUUCCGGUGCUGAAAAAUUUUCCUUGUUAUCGGACAACCGUUAAAAACGACCAAACCGCCAAAAAAGAAAGGAAAAUGACUUGAGAACGAAUGAAAAAUGACGGUAAGUUUUCAUUCGAAGAGGGCCUUUAAACUGAUCAUUUUGUGCCUUUAAGAUAAAUUUGAACUUAUUUUUCUGCAUUCGUAAUUUGUUUCAGGACUCGAGUGUUCUUGGCGUUGUUCUUGGUUCAGUUCUCGGAUUUCUGGCGGGAGGGAUAGUGGUUGGUGUGGCAUAUCUUUGCUACACAAGACGCUCGAAGUCGUAUAAUACGCAUUCACAAAGCGAUGAGCGCCCGAUGAUCGAUCAUUACUACACGACAAGCCCUGAAGGAUAUAUGAUAUCGCAAACUCGCCCAGUUCAGGUGCAGCCUAACGUCUACACACUGGCAAAGUCCUCUACUGAAUCAUAUCCAGAAAUUACUGAACUUGUCAAUGGGGAACAGCAGCGCAUUCGAGUAACGGAGCCAUAUGAAAUUGGGGCGAUUACCACAAUACAAGAAUAUGGCGAGGAGGGGGAAGACGGAGCGGCAAGCCCUGGCAGUGGUACCAGUGAUCUCGUCUCCAAGGGAAAACCCAAACUGAGCAAGAGGAUGAGCCUGCCUACUAGUUUGAAAUCGGACGGACUAGUCCAUCCAAGUGCGGAAGAUUUUUUCAGAAAGAAAGAGGAAGAGGAAUGCCGUCUUGAGUUUUCGUGUUUCUACGACACGGCAAGUCGCGAAUUGCACAUCACUGUGAUACAAGUUGCUGGAAUUUCUACUCCGGAUGAGAGUUUUCUUCGCCCGCCAAAUUGCAGCGUGAAAAUGCGAAUUCUGCCGGAAAUGUUAUCGUGGCAGUGGACAAGGAAAAUAUCUCGCACAAAUAAUCCUGCUUUCAACGAGACUUUUAUUGUGCCUGGUUUUGUUCAUAACAAGCUUCGAGAAUGCACAGUUCAUUUUGUGGUCCUCGAUUUUGAUCAUGUCCAAGAUAACGUCUACGUGAUCGGAGAAGUCUUUAUGCCUCUGUCAGAAUUGCGAGCGAACAGGCUCGAAAAAAUAAUUAAAAGAGUAAACCCGUUAUCCUUUUAA